AUGGAGAACGUCGCGGCGGUUCCUGACGCUGCUGCCAUUAGCGAGGAAGCGAGGAACGGAAGGAACCGCGGGGCGAGUUUAAGAGUUGGCGGGGGUGGCUUCGCGCGUCCGUUGCUAAAGCAACCUCAGAUGAGAGAAAGAAUGGAAGUUUUAUUGGAGCAAGUAAGAGCAAUAAUAAAAGAGUCAAAUGGAAUACAAAAAGUAAUGGAGCUUAUACUCUCGCUUGAACGACUUGGCUUGGACUACCACUACGAGAAUGAGAUCGGGGAACUACUGGAUGUCGUUUUGAACUCUGAUUAUGAUGAUAAUAAUCUACAGUUGGUUUCACUUCGAUUUUAUCUUUUGCGGAAAAAUAGAUAUGAUGUCUCAUCUGAUGUAUUCAAUAAAUUUCAAGACAAACAAGGAGAUUUCUUUCAAUCAGAUACAAAUAGUUUAUUGAGCUCAUAUAGUGCAGCGCAUAUGAGGACCAAGGGAGAGAAAGUACUUGACAAGGCAAUCUGUUUCACUAAAAAACACCUCCUUGGCGCGUUAGAACAUUUGGAAUCACCAUGUGUAGAGGAAGUGUAUUUUGCCCUUCUUACACCUCCUUUUAGAAGGGUUAGGAUAUUAGAAGCAAGAAGCUACAUACCUUGUUAUGAAAAAGAGCCUACACGAAAUGAAGCCAUAUUGGAGCUUGCAAAAUUGAAUUUUAAUAUUCUGCAACUUCUUUUCUGUGAGGAGUUAAAAGAGGUCACCUUGUGGUGGCAGAAACUCAAGGUCGGAUCAAAUUUGAGUUUCGUAAGAGACAGAAUAGUAGAAACUUAUUUUUGGAUAAAUGGAACUAGCUACAAUCACAAAUAUUCUUAUUCCCGUAUUAUAGCUACAAAGAUCACUGCUUUCAUGACUAUAAUAGAUGACAUAUUGGACACCUAUGGUAGCACUGAAGAGAGCAUGCAACUUGCAGAAGCAAUUAAUAGGUGGGAUGAAGGUGCAGUAGAUGUGCUUCCAGAAUACAUGAAGGAUAUCUACUUAUAUUUGUUGGAAACAUUUCGUUCUUUUGAGGAGCAUUUAGGACCUGGGAAGAGCUACCGUGUUGUUUAUCUUAAAGAAUCGGCAAGUAUUAUAUUUACCUCAUAA